AUGACCCUAGAACAGCCAGCUGGUGAGAUGUGGCAGAAGAUCCGCGAGGAGUUGAAUGAGAAGGCGGACACCAAGGACGCUGACCUGGCACACAUCAAGGAGUGGCUCAAGAAGGAACCCCAUCUACCUGAUGAGUUUGAUGACCAGCGUAUCAUGACCUUCCUCCGUGGUUGCAAGUUCUCCCUGGAGAAGACCAAGCGAAAGCUGGACAUGUACUUUACCAUGCGCGCAGCCGUGCCUGAAUUCUUUAACGACCGUGAUGUCAACCGUCCUGAACUUCAGGAGAUUCUUAACAUUGUGCAAAUGCCCCCACUGCCGGGCCUUACACCGGAGGGCCGACGUGUGAUUGUCAUGAGAGGUGUCGACAAAGACAUCCAGACCCCGAAUGUGGCAGAUGCUUUCAAGCUGGCCCUCAUGCUGGGUGACGUCAGACUGGCUGAGGAGAAGGAGGGAGUAGCAGGAGAUGUGUACGUUCUAGACGCUUCUGUGGCAACCCCAACUCACUUCGCCAAGUUCACACCUACCCUGGUCAAGAAAUUCCUAGUCUGUGUGCAGGAAGCCUACCCAGUCAAGCUGAAGGAAGUCCACGUCAUCAACGUAUCACCUCUUGUUGACAAGAUCGUCAACUUCGUCAAACCUUUCAUCAAGGACAAGAUCAAAGAAAGGAUCUUCCUGCACACGGACACAAAUGAUCUCUACAAAUACGUUCCUAAGGAAAUGUUGCCCCAAGAAUAUGGCGGUAACGCUGGACCCAUGAAUGAUCUCCACAAUGCCUGGGUCAAGAAGCUAGAUGAAUACAAAGAUUGGUUCGCGGAACAGGAGAACCUUAAGGCUAAUGAAACUCUUAGGCCAGGCAAGCCUACAAACUAUGAUGAGCUCUUCGGAAUCGACGGCUCCUUCCGUCAACUUGUGAUAGACUAA